CUGAGGUUAAGUAAAUCCUCUGGUGCUUAUUUUCAUUUUUGUUCGGGACGGGAAAAUAGUUUGAGGAUUUGUGGCCUAUUUAAAUCAAACGUUUGGAAUAUAUAAUUAAUUCGUUGCAUUAAUCAGUUGUUAAUGUAUACACGUUUUUAGAUAUUUGAUAUUGCAAAAUAUGUGUGAUUGAAGAAAGCUAGAAGAUUUGGAAUAAAUAGGUCAUUAUAUUUAGUGAUGACUGUUGGAAGCCCCAAAAGAUGUGCUGGUUGGGUGUUACUUUCCUCUGUGAUUUGUUUGUACAUGUAUGUGCAUCCAGUGGAGGCAGUGGAAACUGUGUCUUAUGAAUUUGGGAGGAACUGCACUUCAAGCUCAUCUGAGACAUAUUAUCAUGGAGAUGUCAAUGAAACUCGACAAUUUGAUGUCACAUAUAGAGGAAGAGCUCUCAAAUAUUACUGUGCAAGCAUAGGCUUCAAAGGUUCUGGGAAGGGUGAAAGCCUCAGGGAUGAAUACAAAGUGUGUGUAACACCAAUAUACUUCAACGACCCAGGUUGUGCUGUGCAGCUUAACUUUACUGAUGAUGUGUACGCUGAAACUUUUCAGACUAUAGAUUGCCUAAACAAUAAUGUAACACAGUUUUGUAAUGGACAAGAUAAAUAUCUUUACAUUGACUUUGAGUUUUUAAAUGAAAGUGAACUCUCAAGAGCCAACUUCAAACUCCUUGUCACAGCUGAAAAGGUGUACAAAUACGAAGAGAGUUCAGAUGCACUGGUGUAUGGAAUUGUGGGAGCUGUUAUAGGAGUCAUCAUUAUCGUUAUAAUCGCUGGAGUAGGAGAGUUUAUAUCCAGAAGACGAAAAAGAAGGAUGCAAAAUAGGAGGAUAUAAAGAAUGACCCAAAAAUGAAUGUGAACCACAGUACAAUGUUACAAAAUUGGAUAGGAAAAAGAUUCAAUAACAACACAGUUGAGAGUGUACAUCAACAAUCGUCUGAUUAGAAAUGAUGGUAUUUAUAGGUCACCUGAGUAAACUCAGGUGACCUAUUGCUAUCCGUAUUCGUCCGUCGUCGUAUGUCAUGCGUCGUCCAUUAACAAUUUUACAUUUUUAACUUCUUCUUAAAAACUACAAGGCUAAUUGUUAUCGUUCUUGGUGUGAGUCAUCUCUAUGGUAAGAGGGAUCUAAAUUGUGAAAUUCGUGGCUCUACCACCCCUGGGGCCCCACAAGUGUGGCCAAAUAUGCAAAAAAAAGCCAAAUUUUCAAAAAUCUUCUCUACUCCCACACAUGUGAGGAAAAACUGGUUGCAUGGUUGUGAUGUCCAUGAAGCCUCGUACCAAAAUUGUGAAAUCCAUGGUCCCUGCGUCAAGGGUUCAGGCUCUAGGGUGGGGCCAAUAUUGCCAUAUAGUAAAAAUGUAUUAAAUCUUAGAAAAUCUUCUUCUCUACUCCCAUAUAUGUUUGUACAAAACUAAAUGCAUGAUUAUGAUGUCCUUGAAGCCCUCUACCAAAAUUGUGAAAUCCAUGACCCCUUUAUCAGGGGUUCAGGUUCUAGGGUGGGGCCAAUAUGGCCAUAUAGUAAAAAUGUAUAACAUUUUAAAAAAAAUUCUUCUUUACUCCCAUAUAUAUUUGUUCAAAACUCAAUGCAUGAUUAUGAAGUCCAUGAAGCCCUCAACCAAAAUUGUGAAAUUUAUGGCCCCUGGGUCAGGGGUUCAGGCUCUAGGGUGGAGCUAAUAUUGCCAUAUAGUUAAAUGUAUUGAAUCUUAGAAAAUCCUCUUCUGUACUCCCAUAUAUAUAGCCAAUAUGGCCAUAUAGUAAAACUGUAUUAAGUUUUAAAAAAUCUUCUUUGCUCCCAAACAUGUGGGCAAAAAACUGAAUACAUGGUUAUGAUGUCCACUAACUCCUCUACCAAAAUUGUGAAAGCCAUGGCCCCUGUGUCAGGGGUUCAGGACAUGUGGGGGGGGGGAUAUAGUGAAUAUAAUGUUUAAAAAUUUUCUCUAUUCUCACACAUCUGUAUGAAUAACUGACUUCAUAAUCAGGUUUACCAGGAAGUCCUCUACUAAAAUUUUGAAUUUCAUGUCCCCUAGAGUAUGGGGUUUGACUCUAGGGCAGGGCCAAAAUGGAUGUAUAGGUGUUAAUGCAUUAUAUAAUAUUUAAAAAUUGUUUUCUUUACUACCACACACCUGAAAGGAAAACUGAAUUCAUGAUUUUGUAGACCAGAUCUUUAAGGUUUUCACCAAAAUUACAGGUUUCAUAGUUCUUUUUUGAAAGAUUUCAGGCAGGGACGUGGUUGUAAUUACAGAUUUAUAAAUUUUCUACUCCAGAAUGAAAACUAAUUAAAUGCAUAUAUGAGUCUCCUCGACAAGCUUGUGUAUGGGUUAUAUGCUACUCAGGUGACUGUAAGGCUAAUUGGCCUCUUGUUUAAAAUAAAAUUCAAAUACUUUAUACACAAGAAUUUAUUGUUAUCUAUUGAACAUCCUUUUGAUAUACAGUUUAUAAUUGAGUUAUAUUGUUACAAAAGCACUUGGUUGACGAUUUUGUUUUUAGGUGCAUUCACUUUGUCUGCUUGUUUACUGAUUACGUUGAUAUUAUAUUUCACGAAAUGAAAAAGGAAUGUUUAUAUUUUAUGUAAGUUUGGCAUGGUAUAUCAAACAUCAAUAAAAAUGUUGAUGUGAGAUUUACUAGAAAUUUUUUUUAGUCGGGGAUUUUUAUCAAACGUUAGAUAAAUCUUUUCCCAAUAAACUUGGCUGGUCAUUUUUGUAUUAAUUUAUUUUAUUUUUUCUACUCUUUUAUACUUUUUUCUGUUGAAUUCAUAUGCGAAAUAACGUUAGAUAAAACAUUUCAAUUAAUAUAUUGUUUGUUUUUUUAAUGCGUACAUAGCAGGGUAUAAGAGGUUUUAUUUAUCUAAUAAGUCCCAUGGAAAUCAGAUGCAUUAACUUUAAAUGAAAUGAUAGAAAGUAUGUCUGCCCAAAUUUUAAUAUCUAAAUAAUUACAUGUUCUUGUUGACUAAAGAAAAUUAUUUCUAUUACUAUAUACACGAAGAACUAUAUUUAAAUUUAUUGUUCCUACUUCAUGGUGAGAGAAAACAUACGAGCAAUUGAAACAGAAAUCAAUUUGACACACACCUAACAGAUAACGACCGCGCAAACCGUUUGUAAUUUUCAAAAAGUGGAUUUGAAAUAAACAGGAAGAAUGGCAGAAAGUGACCUUUUAAACAACACCAGUUUUUGUAUAUCAAAUAUUAUUUUACAUGUAGAUAUUAAAUCUUUAAGUGUACAAAAGUAAAAUCUCAAACAUGUAGACAGCGUAAAUAUCAAUCCAAUAUCCUUUAUAGGUAUAAAAGUGUAUGAUAUCUAUAAUAACUGUUCUCUGAUUAAAAAAAAACCCCUCUUGCUAUUAAUGCCUUAAAACAAGUUUUUAACGAAUAUACACAAAUACUCGAUACAUCAAGCAUACCAGCGUCUAUUUCAAUUCCUGGUUUGCUCACCUGCUUCUGCUUGGAGCAUAAAACAAUUAGAGGGAUACAAAAACAAACAAACAAUAUAAAACAAAAGAACAAAACACACACACACACGAAAAAAAACCCACCACAUGUGAUUCAGACUGAAAACACAAAAUGAAUUUUGUUUUGGCCACAUGACAUUGGCAACCUUUCAAUAUUCGAUCAGUCAAUAUUAAACGUCAUACUGUAGGGAAAACAGGUUUCUUGUUAAAUAAGGUACAUGUAUUAUAUUUUUGUUUUCGAAAUAACAUUACAGAUAUGAUAGAUAGAUCGACGAUUGAUUGUGAUACACUUGCUAACAUACUGG